UUUGGUUCAAGUGGUCGCGCAGAGACAUCCAAUUUGGUAGCUGGUCCGACGACCAGAGUCGAGUCAGGCGCGCUGCGGCUUUGCGAUGGCGUUUGAUCCCAGUUUUUUUAGCAGUGCUUACAGGCAAUGCAUAGGGCGCGGGAUGUCGCACAAGGAGUGUGUCAGCAGUAUGCCCAGCUUUCCAUCCGGGCCUAUGGCAUCCCUGGGCCCAGAGAUGUCCAGUGCCAUCGGCUGUGUCAGCGAGAACGGGGGCGACUUCAGCAAGUGCACCACAGAAUUGGAUGCCCUGGCGGGCAAGAAGGCUGAAGAGGUGAAGAGCACCAUGCAGCAAACAUCGGAUUUCUGUUCGAAGGCUGGUUUGAAGCUACUGGCUUUGCCCAUUGCCUAUGUAGGCCUCAAGUUCAUCAAGAUCAAAUGAGAUGGCAGUCCGAUCAUGGCCAUUUUCGCACCGCACAUGUUGAGAUCUUUGAGAUGGCAGUUGGUUUGAUGAUUUUGAUGGCAGGUGG